AUGCUUACAAGUGGAUUGAAAUCGGUUCAUAAGAAAUAUUCGCUGAGUGCUACAAAGUAUCGUAGACGAGGCAAGAGUUCGCAUUAGUUGGAGAAACUGUUCACACGAUUUUUUAGGCAGAAGCCUAAAUAUCAGGGCACCGCGACUGUUGUGAAGAGCUUAAAAAAACUUUGUCAAUCCUUCGAUAUACUGUGCCACAAUGCCGAUACCCUACGGACAAAGGAGCGGUCGUACUUGCCUGUUCUGGAUGUGCAGAGUUCGAUACGGUUAAGACCGGAGUCAGACGAGUGUGUCUGGCAGGCACAUUGCCCUGCUGCAUGAUGUACCAAAGCUCUGAGGAGCAAAGCAGAUGGUGUCCAUACAUAGACAGGCAGCAUUUUGGUACGACUUCUUAUGGUUAGACUCAACCUACAACCAGAGAAGAUAUGAAAAACCGGAUUCGUAAUGCAAUACGUAACAUACG